GAAGCAGACUAGCAGAGUGACUUCCAGCGUCGCCUGGCUGGCAAUUGCGGGCUGUCAGCGCAUUCAGUUGGUGUUCCGGUUUCGGGUUGUGCUGUUAGUUGCCUUUUCCUGCACAGAGCUAAGCAGAGCCAAGCGGAGUCUCGCGGUCUCUCGGUCGUGGUGCCUGUGCCCGUUGCCUGUGCAUGUGCCUGAGCUUGUGGACUCUGACUCUGACUGUGACUGUGAGUGUGUGACAGUGUGACAGUGUGUGUGAUUGUGUGAGUGUGUGUGAGUAUGCCUGCUUUUCUAUCCUCUGUACAUGUUCGUGCGUGUGUGUGUGCGUGAGUUUGUUGUCUGUCGCUAACGGUGCGCGCGCGUUUGAGACACUUCGUAGUGUGCGUGCGUGCGCGUGUAUGUGUUGUGUAGGAGUGUGCAGCCUCCGUCUCCACCUCUGCCUCCGCCUCUGCGUAUAGGAGCCACAACCAGUGUGACCAUAUGCGUGUGCGUGUGUGUGAGAACCAACACAUUAACCAAAACACACACACACCAACUACAUUACAUGGCAACAUCGUUUAAGCAGCGCACAGCAGGAUGCUCAAAUGGCCGAUAAUAUAGCACACAAUCAGCUCAACCACAAAACAAUGGAUGACAUUUCAAUACAAAAAUACUACAUGAAUCAACUUUACUAAAAUACUUAUUUAAUACUAAGCAAUAUUUUGAGGAUUGAGUGAGAAGCACCAAAGUAUUUAAUAACCCGAAAGCCGUGUUUGUGCUAGUGAAAAUUAUCGAAAGAGAACCAAAGAUUAUCAUAAGAAGUGUUUAAGAAUCGCAAAAACAAAACUCUUACUGAAGCAAUUGAUAAAGGCUUAAGAUGAAACAAAUUUAUAGGCAGCACGAACGCAACUAAAAUUAUUAAAUGAAACUUUAAACAUAAUAAUUGAAUGAAAAAUGCAAAUUUUGAAAUUUAUUGUAAAUAUUAAAAAAUUAUAAAAAAACACACAUUUACAAAUAACAAAACCAAAAAAAAAGAUAAAAAAGGAUAGAAAUAUUAAUAAAAGGAUGACGAACACAUUUUUCGCUGAAUGAAAAACGUUUUUAAUAAUAAUUGUAAUACAACAUUUUCUAUUAUAUAGAAUAUAAAAAAACAAAAAAACAAAAAACGGUAAUUAAACUCAAUAAGCAACUGAAACACGCACAAAAAUAUAACCAAAUAAAAUGUAAAUCGAAAGAAAAUACAUUUUAAUUUAACAAUUAAACAAUUGGCUGCAUUUGAUCAUUUGCAUUGCUGCCAUUUGACCUAUUGAAGGAAGGUGUCGCAAUCAUUUCGAUGCAAAUUUAUUCAUUACUCAAUUACAAGAAGACAGAAAACUUUUCAAUCAUUCGAGACAUACAUAUACAUAUUCGAUAAUCGAUAAUCGCAGCUAACUAAACUAAACUAACUACUUAAUAAAAAAUUACAAAUUACAAAUACAAAUACAAAUUCAAGUAUUAAUAAUAAUAAUAAUAAUAAUAAUAAAAGUAAUUAUAAUAAUCACUACAAUUGAGCUACAAUUAAUUCAUUCAUUCACCUUCUGCUGUAUGAAUACACAACUAUUUAUACGAUUCAUAAUUAUAUUGCAAAUGUGCAUAACGAAACUGCGAAAAAUUUGAUAAAUCAUUUAAUACUAAAUAAGAAACAAUAAAUGGAAUAUUUAUAGUAUUCAACUAGAUCAACUAAAACUUUAUACAUAUACACAACAAAACAACAAAUUGGAAAGUGAAACAUUUAAAUCAAUUUGAAAGUUAAGGCCCGUCUUGCCACAGCAAUAAGAAGCAACAGCAACAAUAGCAAAACGCUACAAUGCACUGCCAUCUAAAACUGCAUUCAAUUGCAAUUGAACAAUACCCACAAAACAAGAAAAAAAUAAAUAAAUAAAAAGCAACUACAACAUAAAUUGCAAAUAUACAUGAAUAAUAUAUAGAAUAUAUAUAAGUGUAUAUACAUACGUAUAUAUUACAAACUAGAGAAAGCAAAUUUUACAAAAAGCUGACCACAAUAUAAGCUGCAAAUCAUCGCAUCUACUAAAUUCUUGCAAAAAAAUAAAGAUUCAGAUAACAGUAUAGAAAUAAUAAUAAUAAUAAUAAUAAUCACGAUUUACAAGGCUCUCUCUCAAGCACAUGGACAAGAGAAAUGCAUUCAAACUGAAGCUGAAGCGCAAACUUAAACUAUAAGACACAAGAAAAUAAGAAAACACUCUUUGGGUUGUAAAAGCAAACACAAAGAAACCAAAGUCAGAACAAGAAGGAAGCAUACAAAAAAAACCAAGAAAAAAAGGGAAAACUAAACGAUAAAUUUAAUAAUAUUACAGCUAAAGGCAACAAUAAAACUUAUACUCGCCAUAUUGAACAAUAGGAAAUAAUAUAAAAAACAUAGACAAGCAAAGUAAAAAAAAAGUUGAACAUUUUUGUAAAAUUAAGAGCUAUUAAGAAACGUUGUCGGAGCAUCACAAAAACUGUGAAAGGAAGCAGAGAGAGAGAGAGAGAGAGAGAGAGAGAGAGUGGAAUAGAGAGGGAAGAGACAAUGUAAGACCCAAAGAAAAUUUGAAGAAGAAAAAAGGCAAAGAAAAAAACGGACAAAAGAAAAUUGGAAGCAGCUGCAGCAGGAAAAGCAAAGUAAAAACAAAUAUACGCAACGUCAUCAGCAAACACCGAAGAGACUAUGAAAAAUGCGCAACUGAAGUUGAGUGAAGUUGAUGAUGAUGAGCUGUGGCUGUGGCAACAACACCAACAACAUCAGCAACAGCAGCAACAACUAUCGUUUAGAUUAGCACACAACAGCAACAAGAGCAAGCAACUUACUCAACAGCAACUAAAGAGCUUAAGUACAAAACACCACAGCAUCGGCAACGGCAACAACAACACAACAUCAGGAGCAACUAGAAGGAGAGGAUCACAGCAUGUAGUCAGCGUGUCGAGCGACAACGGCCAGCAACAUGUUCAACGGGACUCACAGCAACAGCAGCAAACGGAGUUAGACAACAACAUGUUGAACCAGGGCGAAGCCGGCAGCAAUCAAGCAACACAAACAAACAUAAGACUGUGCGUACGCAAGCGACAAAGAUUACGUCGGCGGCGAAAAAGAAAACCAACAACAGCAGCAACAGCAAUAACAUUUAGCAAUAGCAACAGCAAUCAAAGCACCACCACAACAGAAACAGCAACAGCAACCGCUACAACAACAGCAGCAGCAACAGCGGCCACAUCAAGAACAACAGCAGCAUCCACAACAUAUUGGUUAGCCCGCAGCAAUGAAAACAGCUUAAACAUAUUUUAUGGCAUUUGGUCUGUUAGUGUUGGCAUUGUGUUGCAUAUGUUGCUGACGGCACUGAGAUUGUGGAAACUGCAGCUGCAGCAGCAACGGCAAGUAGCAACAGUGCUUAGAGUCAUUGCUAAUAGCAUCACCACCGCCAUCAUUUCCUAUGCAAAUGCGAUUGCACUGCAACUACAUUGCUGUAAGCCGAGCAGCAGCAGUAGCAACAGCAACAGCAACAGCAGCAGAUACAGCAGCAGCAACAGCAACAACAGCAGCAGCUACAGCAGCAGCACACAAAUAAUCAACGGACUUAAUAAACACUCAUGGAUAUUUUUAUUGAUAUAUUUGAAUUUAUCUGCUAGAGUUUGCUUAGCAGGAUAUCAUGAAAAGAGACUGUUACAUGAUCUUUUGGAUCCUUAUAAUACACUAGAACGUCCGGUUCUCAACGAAUCGGACCCGUUACAAUUAAGCUUUGGGUUAACUUUAAUGCAAAUUAUCGAUGUGGAUGAGAAAAAUCAAUUGCUUGUCACGAAUGUGUGGCUAAAACUGGAGUGGAACGAUAUGAAUCUCCGCUGGAAUACGUCGGACUAUGGCGGUGUCAAGGAUCUGCGCAUUCCCCCGCAUCGCAUCUGGAAGCCCGAUGUCCUCAUGUACAACAGCGCCGACGAGGGAUUCGAUGGCACCUAUCAAACAAAUGUUGUGGUCCGCAACAAUGGGUCGUGUCUCUACGUGCCGCCGGGUAUCUUCAAAUCGACUUGCAAAAUCGACAUCACGUGGUUCCCGUUCGAUGAUCAGCGCUGCGAGAUGAAAUUUGGCAGUUGGACCUAUGAUGGAUUUCAGCUGGAUUUGCAAUUACAAGAUGAAACUGGCGGUGAUAUCAGCAGUUACGUGCUCAACGGCGAGUGGGAACUACUGGGUGUGCCCGGAAAACGCAAUGAGAUUUACUACAACUGCUGCCCGGAACCGUAUAUUGACAUCACAUUUGCCAUUAUCAUACGACGACGCACUCUGUACUAUUUUUUUAAUCUGAUCAUACCCUGUGUGCUGAUUGCAUCGAUGGCUCUGCUCGGCUUCACACUGCCGCCGGAUUCGGGUGAAAAACUAUCGCUUGGCGUCACGAUCUUGCUCUCGCUGACCGUGUUCCUCAAUAUGGUCGCUGAGACAAUGCCGGCAACAUCAGAUGCAGUGCCUCUGCUAGGUACAUAUUUCAAUUGCAUAAUGUUUAUGGUAGCUUCAUCCGUUGUGUCAACGAUUUUAAUAUUAAAUUAUCAUCAUCGAAAUGCUGAUACGCACGAAAUGUCCGAAUGGAUUCGCAUCGUAUUUUUAUGCUGGCUACCAUGGAUAUUGCGCAUGAGUCGACCGGGACGACCGCUGAUAUUGGAAUUCCCGACAACGCCAUGCUCGGAUACAUCUUCCGAGCGCAAGCAUCAGAUACUGUCCGAUGUUGAGCUGAAAGAGCGGUCCUCCAAGUCGCUGCUGGCCAAUGUGCUCGACAUUGAUGAUGAUUUUCGGCACAAUUGUCGCCCCAUGACGCCCGGCGGAACACUGCCACACAAUCCGGCUUUCUAUCGCACGGUUUAUGGGCAAGGCGACGAUGGCAGCAUUGGGCCAAUUGGCAGCACUCGAAUGCCCGAUGCGGUCACACAUCACACGUGCAUCAAAUCAUCAACAGAAUAUGAAUUAGGUUUAAUCUUAAAGGAAAUUCGCUUUAUUACUGAUCAGCUACGUAAAGAUGACGAGGACAAUGACAUUGCCAAUGAUUGGAAAUUUGCAGCUAUGGUCGUUGACAGACUGUGCCUUAUCAUAUUCACAAUGUUCACAAUAUUAGCCACAAUAGCUGUACUACUAUCAGCACCACAUAUUAUUGUCUCGUAGCCAUAUGGGCGAGGUGGUUAUUGUUAUUGGUUUUAUUAUAAAAUCAAUUUGUUAAUUAUUAAAUUAAUAACGAAACUUUUUAAGUAAGUUUAAAAACGUUCAACAACAAAAAUCAACAAAAAAAGAGAAAAACACUUAAAUAAAAACCAUUGACUAAAUAAUACCAAAAAGAAAAACCCAAAAAAAAAUCUAUAAAACACAAUAAUUUAAACAUAAAACGAAAAUUCAUUUAAACAAGUCUUUAAUAUAAAAUUAAAACAAAAAAACAGAGACUUAAAAACAAUAUAAAGUUGUUUACACCUUUUUAAUUAAAAAAAAACUCUAAAACUAUUAAAAAAAAUCAACUUAAUCCUUUUGAAACCCCUAGAUACCUACGACUUUCCAAACUGUUACUCCCAAGUCAGUAAUUAAGUUUCUUCCAAAAUUUAAAAAAAAAAAAAAAAACAAAGAAUGAAACGGGUAUAUUUUCUUUAUAGAUUUGUAUAUUUUACAAUUUAAGAGCAAUUUUUCUCGAAAUAGACAACAAUUUCCAACAAUUUUUUAGUAAACUUUUAAGAAAUUGCAGUAUAACUCGUAUAUAAAACCAAAAAAAAAAGCAAAAAAAAAAAAAAAAACAUUUCGAAGACUUCAUUGUAUACGCUCAAUUUCGUUUUGGUUGAUAUUGAGCUUUAUAAAGGGAAAUACAUAGUAGAAAUUAAAUGGAUCCAAAGUGUUAGGCGAAACCCAACCUUUUUUAUUCUGGCUCUCUUGCAGGAUUAUUAGAAUUACUGAAUUCUCUGAUACUCUUCUCGAUCAUUAUUCAAGUCACUUAGUAUGUGUAGUUUUCCAGAUUUUGUCAUAAGAUCAUCGAAUCCAAUGCUUCCAAAACAGUCUUGAAAGGAAUUGGACUAAACACAUAAGAUACAAGUUCCAUCUGCAUUUCUAAACAGAACCAAUAUUGACGAUCUACAUAUCCAAUGAAUUGUACGUAAUAUUCCUUGAAUCCGCUCUUUUUAUUUUUAGUUCAACUCUAAACAAAUCCGUAAACAAAUACCUUUCCCCAAAACUUAAAGCAUAUACAAAACCAAUAGAAUAACCCAUCCAACAAAUUGAAAUGCAAAAUCCAAUUGGAAUUUCAAAAUUAAUAAAAUAUCACAAAAAAAUGAAUAACUUAAGUGAAAUCAGAAAUGUUCUAGAAUGCACUUUCAAAUCGAUUUAAUGACUUUGCAUAUUUCUUUUAAGAAGUAUGGAAUAUUCUUAAAAAUUGAUUUGGAAUCGGCAUUCAGAACUUGUCUGUAUAUCACAUCGGAAAAAAAGAAUGUAAAAUGAAAUCACUCAAAUCUGUAGGUCUUACCUCAGAUAUAGUAAAAGAAACCAAGCCCAAGGCGCGCACAACAAGUGAAAUGCAAAUAACUGAAUUUCAUCUGAUUGUGAAUGAUCGAAACCGAAAUCGAAAAUACAAAUUGAGAAAAAUUGAAUGGUUGCGAGCAAUAAUAUCUGCGUGUUGAUGAAUUGCAUGAUUUUUUGGUGAUGCAAACAAUGAUCGAUCGAUCCAUUGCAUAGAUACGAACAAACAGAUAUCUAAGCAAAAGUUCGCUUCUUCAUUGCAUUGAGAACAGCGAAAUGUAUCUGUAACUGUAACUUACAACUUUCGGUAUUCCACAUUAUUUUUGAUUUAAUUCUCAGAUUUGAUUUCAAUUUUCAUUUCACUAAACAACUAUCUAUAAAUAAUUUUUGAUUAUCUUUAACAAAAAUGAAUACUGAAACUUGAUACAAACACCAAAAUGCAUACAACAUGAUUCAACACAUCCCAAGGAUGAAUAUACUCACAAAAUACCAAAAAUAUACAAAAAAAUAUACCAAUAACAAUGAACAUCAUAUUGAACACAAAACAUGUCCGGUGCAUGGCAAAUUGUGUGCUUUGCUUUAGUAUUGAGAGCAAAACCUAAAUACUUACAUAUAAUAAAAAACACAAAACACUUAUUAAAAAGAGAGAGCUUUAUACGUAUAGAGAAGAUCACUAAAAAAAAGACAAACAAACAAAA